AUGGCUGCAGGCCACUGCAGCCAUGCUCAGGAUGAUCCAUGGGCCUUGCUUGCCAGUCAGCUGCAGGAACUGUCCCGGCAAUACGCGGAGGAGCAGGACAAGCUGAUCGCCUCACUGCGACCUUCUGAAACGCUUUGGCCCCCGCACGCCGACAGCCUCGCACCCCCACGCCCGCAGAUGCGCUUGGCUCUGGAACCCCGCCAAGCAGCUGCAAUUCCAGACUCGGUGGUCAAGACGACCUCCAAUGCCUCGGCAGACGCCGCCAAGGCAGCGCAAGCGCAAAAUGGAAUGGCCAGUUCGACGGCCCUGGACUGGACAACACGGGCGAGUGCCAGAGCGAGCCGCCAAGCAACCCUGGACUGGACAAGCUUUGCAACGAGGCACAUCACAGAGAAGGAUGAUUACGACCAUCCCCAGGUGAAGCGGUUCCUUCGUCGCGUGCCGUGCUGUUCACGUACUUUGGAGCACAUCGUGCUGCGAUAUCUGACGCUAAAGGAGCUUCUUCAGAACACAGGUUUGAUCUCCAUGGGCCUGAAGGAUCCGGAGUUCCUGGUCCGCAGUACGGCCUGUUCAGCCUUGCAGAAGCUGCCUCCGGAGGCCCUCCUGGAGCAGCCAGACCUGCUCCGUGCUUGCCUUGACGAUGAAGAGGCCAUGGUGCGGCGUGCUGCCUUCAAGGCCCUUUGGGCGCUGGACCCCUUGCAGCUGGAACCUUUCGUCGACAUUGUUGCCGUCCGUCUAACAGAUGCAGACCUGCUUGUUCGCUGGACCGCCGCGAAGGUUCUGGAGCGGAUGGCCCUCCCGACACUUCAGCAGUUGGCUCCGGCUCUGGCUCGCGGCCUCAACCAUGGGGACCUGGCGCUGAGGGCUGCCUGUGCAGAGGCCCUGGCGAGGAUCGAAGAUGCUGACGUCUUGUCCCCGCUUGCACCACAACUGGCGUCCUGCCUGGAGGACCUCUCGUGGAAGGUGCGCCUCCAUGCAUGCAAAGCCUUGGCUCGCUGUGAGGCUGAUGCCGUGUCACCUUUCGGGGGGCUCCUGGCCACACAUCUUGCCGACCCUGACGCUCGCGCCCGCGUCGCUGCUUGCGAGGCCUUGGCAGCUUGCGAGGAGUGGUCCGUGACUCCCGCGGCGGCCUUGCUGGCCGACUGUUUCCAAGAUGAGGAUCCUCAACUGGUCGUGGCGGCAUUUCGGGCUUUCGCUCGGAUCAAAGACGAAGCUGCGGUGUCGCCACACUCGGCCUCCCUCGCCCUGCGAGUAGACGAUGAGCACUGGCUGAUUCGGCGCGCAGCCUGCCAGGGGCUCGCCCGCUGCCGCGCGGCGCUGCUGGUGCCGCACUUGCCCAAGCUGGCUGCCUUGAGCCAGGACCCGGAUGUCGAGAUUCGGAUCGCAGUGUGCCAAGCGAUGGCGAAGCUGAACCCAGCCACGAUUUCUGCGUACGUUCCCUUGCUCGCCAAGCGGCUCAAGGACACACUUCUUGUCCGGUGGAAUGCUCUGCGUGCGCUGGUGGAGUGCAAACCUGGCGAGUUGAUACCCCAUCUCGAUGUGCUGACGGAACUGACAGGGGACCACAACAAGCAGGUGCAAAGCCUCGCUCGGAGAGCUGUGGCCCGGUGUUACGAACCCAAGCCGCGCGCGCCGUGA